CCCUGCACGCCUCCUCGAACAGAAACUGACAAUACAUGGCUUCCUCUGCCUCCGUCUCCGGGAGAGGAGGAGGCCUCCUCUCGCCGGCCGCGGUGCUGCUAGCGCUAGCAGUGGCCCAGGCGCUGGGGGCUCCCGCGGCGCCGUGCGUCCCGCGGGUGUUCAGCUUCGGGGACUCGCUGGCGGACACGGGCAACUUCCCCUUCCUCUACGGCAACGACUCCCGCGAGCCCGCGCUCAGAACGCCCUACGGGGAGACAUUCUUCCGCCGCGCCACCGGCCGCUUCUCCGACGGCCGCCUCAUCGUCGACUUCAUCGCGGACACCAUGGGCCUGCCGUUCGUGCGGCCGUACCUGAGCGGGCGGACCGCGGAGGACUUCGCGUCCGGGGCCAACUUCGCGGUCGGCGGCGCCAUGGCGCUGGCGCCGGACUUCUUCCGGGGGAGAGGGGUGCCCAUGGGCGACCGCAUGCACCUCGGCGUCGAGAUGAAAUGGUUCCACGACCUGCUCGAUCUGCUCUGCCCCGCCGACCGGGCUGAUUGCACCGGCAUGAUGAAUCAAUCUCUCUUCUUGGUUGGAGAAAUUGGGGGCAAUGAUUACAACAUACCUCUUCUCUCUAGGGUUCCCUUUGAGAAGAUUCGCACGUUCACUCCGAGUGUUGUUGCCAAAAUUUCUUCUACAGUCACUGAGUUGAUUGGUCUGGGAGCCAAAACAUUGGUUGUUCCUGGUAACCUCCCCAUCGGAUGCGUUCCAAACUACCUGAUGAUAUUCAAGAGUGAUAAGAAGGAAGAUUAUGAUCCAGAGACUGGUUGCCUACGGUGGAUGAACGAAUUCUCAAAAUACCACAACAGACUUCUCAUUGAUGAAUUGGAAAAGUUGCGCAACCUUCAUCCUGGCGUGUCAAUAAUCUAUGCCGAUUACUAUGGAGCUGCUAUGGAGAUCUACCGUUCCCCCGAACAAUUUGGGAUCGAUCAUCCUUUAGCAGCAUGCUGCGGUGGGGGAGGACCCUAUGGUGUGUCCAUGACUGCAAGAUGUGGAUAUGGAGAAUACAAGGUGUGUGAUGAUCCACAAAAGUAUGGAUCAUGGGAUGGUUUCCAUCCCUCAGAAGCUGCAUAUAAGGGCAUCGCAAUUGGCCUUCUAAGAGGAACAUACACACAGCCUUCAAUUUGUACCACCAUCAGUUCAUGUCCACAACUUACUGAACUCGGCUCUUCCGUUGAAUACAAGGUCCUCUAUGACUUGUAGCUGUAACUUAUUUUUUUGUUGCUAUUGAUUAAUUAUAGAAAUAUGUUUGGUUAGAGAUGUACAUAUUGUGACAUUUUGCCUAAUUACAGAACUGCAGCACUGUUGUACACCUCACGGUUGUUGCUCAAGUGAUUGGCUGGCUUUUAUUUUUCCUUCACUUUUUAUAGCAAAGGUUUUAUACACUGUUA